UUUUAUUUAUUUAUUUAUUUUUCAAGAACAGGGAGAGUGCGGCGAAGGGGGCUUCUACGCUUUCUGGGAGACUGGAGAGAGAGUUGGUGGGGGCGUUGGGUUGAGUUGUUCAACUUUGACUCCAUUAUUUUCAUCGCUCUACGGUUCUUGACAACCCAAAAUUUUGCAAGGGCCACGGAAACCCCAUUUUCAUUUUAAGUACUUCUUCUUUAUAAUCUCUCCCUUGCACACGCAUAUCAACAAUUCUUCCGAAUCUGAGAGGUUUCAAGGUUUGAAGACAUGGAGGCAACAGCAAGCUCCGGCGUUCUUCCCCAUAUCAAGAUCCCUGGUUCAAACACCUCCAAUUCUAGUUAUAAAUGUUCUAUGUCAUGCCCUCAAACGAGACCUUUCAUGUCUGUGCACUGCCACUCUUCCGAAAGACCACGAGAAUUUGAUAAUUCUGCUCUUCAAAUGUCUGUGGUUUCAUCUGGUGAUGCAACUUAUGAAGGAUCUGGCACUCUAAGGGGUUCGCAUCUUGGUCCCAUUCUGAAGAGAAAUCCAGUUGAGCACAAAUAUUGUGGAAGCUCGUUAGAAUCUCAAACACAUGUUGCAGAGGAAAAAGUUGGAGUAUUGCUUUUGAACCUUGGAGGACCAGAGACACUUCAUGAUGUUCGACCAUUUUUGUUCAAUUUAUUUGCAGAUCCGGAUAUAAUUCGCCUCCCCAGGUUGUUUCGAUUUCUUCAGCGGCCAUUGGCACAACUAAUUUCUGUGCUUCGAGCACCGAAGAGUAAGGAAGGUUAUGCUGCAAUAGGAGGUGGCUCACCAUUGCGAAAAAUUACUGAUGAGCAGGCACAUGCACUUAAAAGGGCUUUGGAAGCAAAGAAAAAAUCCGUAAACAUCUAUGUUGGAAUGCGAUACUGGCACCCAUUUACUGAAGAAGCUGUUCAGCAGAUUAAGAGGGAUAAGAUUACAAGACUUGUUGUGCUGCCACUUUAUCCUCAGUUUUCAAUCUCCACUACUGGAUCUAGCAUCCGAGUUCUCGAAAGAAUCUUCAGGGAAGAUCCAUAUUUGUCAAGACUGCCAGUAUCCAUUAUUCAGUCCUGGUAUCAACGAGAAGGUUAUAUUAAGUCUAUGGCUGACUUGAUCGAGAAGGAGCUAGAGAGUUUUUCUAAGCCUGAUGAGGUCAUGAUAUUCUUCAGUGCCCAUGGAGUACCUGUCAGUUAUGUUGAGGAUGCAGGAGAUCCAUACAAAGAUCAGAUGGAAGAGUGCAUUUGCUUGAUUAUGCAGGAGUUGAAAGCCAGAGGGGUUGACAAUGGUCAUACCCUUGCUUAUCAGAGUCGAGUUGGGCCUGUAGAAUGGUUGAAGCCCUACACUGACAAAGUUCUUGUAGAACUUGGCCAGAAAGGAGUGAAGAGUCUCCUGGCUGUUCCAGUAAGUUUUGUGAGUGAGCACAUUGAGACUCUUGAAGAGAUUGAUAUGGAGUACAAGCACUUGGCCCUUGAAUCUGGCAUUAAGAAUUGGGGCCGCGUUCCUGCUCUGGGCUGCACCUCUUCCUUCAUCACAGAUCUGGCAGAUGCAGUGAUAGAAGCUCUGCCUUCAGCAGCAGCCAUGUCAACCUCAAGGAGCAUUUCUGAAGAAGAAGACAGUGAUCCUAUGAGAUAUGCUAUCAAACUGUUUUUUGGUUCGAUAUUAGCAUUUGUUCUGCUCUUAUCACCCAAAAUGGUACUUGCAUUCAGGAACCACCUCUUCUAAAGAUGUGGUGUCAAAAUUAUGCUGCCAAAUUUUGUCCGUGCUGCUUACAGAGAUUACAAGUUGGAAUGCAUAACACAACAGCCCAGGAUUUUUCCCCCACAAGUAGCUGAGAAGCUAUAGUUUGGAUUAGUGAAAAUCUAUCGUCCCAUUUCUUUUGAUUUGUUUUUGAGUUCGACUUCAUAACAUGCAUCAAAAAUACGACUACAGAUAUUGCAUCGAUCAUACUCGCUCCUAGGCAAAGUGGCAUAAGAAGCAGUUUUGCUUCUAUUUUUGAUACUGGCAAUGCAGGUCAUCUUCCUUGUGAUUCAAUACAAAAACUGGGCUGUAUGAAUACGUUUGAUUUCGAUUCAUUAAGUAAAUCUUAACAUUUCCUGUA